CCAUUCACAGACAGAGACCAGAGUCAGACACUGGCUGGCUUCGCAGCAGAGGAGGGGAGAUAAAAAAAAACAAAAAAAAAAACCUCUCCUCCCGCAGCUGAGAAACCAACAGCUAUCAGAGACGUGAAGUCGACGCGAUGUCAAACACGAAAUGCUACCGUUUAGUUUGCGGAGACAGCUACCAAUAAGGAAGAGGCUGCAGAAAGUAAGGAGUGGGUGAGCAGUGACAGCUGGAUACAUAAAGCGAGGGAUUAGAGGUCCGCACGUGGGAAAGAAAAAAGGGACUCGCUUUAACACGCCAGAGAUGAGUGCCAAGUCAGCCAUCAACAAGGAGCUCUUCACACCUCACGAUGAGAAGAUGCUCGCUGGUGUACAGGUGAAGAGGAGGACAAAGAAGAAGAUACCUUUCCUGGCCACUGGUGGCCAGGGAGAUUACACGACUUUCAUCUGCCUCUCAGUGACAAACAAGAAACCGUCCCAUGUAUCCCUCACUAAAGUGAAGCAGUUCCAAGGAUCAUCUGCCUUUGUCAAAAGGUCACAGUGGACAAUUGAUCAACUACGGCAGGUUAAUGGCAUCGACUCCAACAAAGAUUGUCCAGAAUUGGACCUGAUGUUUGACAAUGGUUUGGACCAGUGGGUUGCCAGUUCAGCAGGAGAGAAGUGCACCUUCAUCCAAAUUCUGCAUCACACCUGCCAACGCUACUGCUCAGCACGGAAACCCGAGUUCAUCAACUGUCAGUCAAAGCUGCUUGGUGAAGGCUUAGAUACAGUCAUUUACCACUGCAAGGUCUAUUUCAACAGAAUGAGGACAGACUUAGUGCCACAUCGUGGUCCUCCUCAAAAACAAGGUAACAGUAUACUACACUCAGCUGCAGACAGUGUGACCAGUGCUGUACAGAAGGCCAGCCAGGCUCUGAAUGAGCGCGGUGAGCGAUUAGGUCGGGCAGAGGAGAGGACUGCAGACAUGAUGAACAGUGCUGAACAGUUUGCUGUCACAGCACACAAGCUCGCCAUGAAGCACAAAUGUUAGGACCACUGCCAAAACCACCUGCACUGGAGGUGUGAGCACAGACCAGUCGUUGCACGGGAGAGGGAUUCCAGCAUUAAUUCUUUUUUACAUUUUUUAAAUAUAAUUAAUCUUUUUUUAACAAUGUUAACCUUUUACUCUUUUGGGUUAUCAUACUGUGGUGCAGUUAAUUCCUAAUAACAGAGUUGCAGCACAUGCAGUGACUUGCAAAAGUACUUGUACCCCUUUAGCAGUUUGCUUCAUGUUCUGUCACAUCACAAUCACAACCCUUUGUCUAAUUUAUAAGAGUCACAUGAUAACCAACACAACGUAGUGCAUCAUUUUUAAGUAGAGGAUGGGGUUCAAUGUGGUCCUAUCUGGUCUGUUUUGGAUUUAAACCUGGACUUUCACCGGACCAUUCUAACACCAAUCCAUUUCACUGUUGUUCUGCAUGCAUGUUUAGAUGUAUUGUUCUCCAUGUAUCAAAUCUCUUGCAGCCUUUAUCACCUUUUUUCCUCCAUGUUUUUUCUAUAUUGUGCUCCAUCUUUCUUCCCAUCAACUUAGACUGAUUUGUCUGUAGCAUCCGCCACAUCAUGACACUACCACCACAUUUAGUGAUGGGGAUGGUAUAUUGAUUUGCACUAUAAGGCCUCUACUACAUACUGCAUUUUACAUCUAAUCAGUGUCCCUUCUUCUACAUGUUUCAUCCUCUUAUGACUUUCUUCUUGUCACUCAUCCUUAAAGGCCAGAUUCAUGGAGUGGCCGACUAAUAGUUGUCUUGUCAGUGGAUUAAACUUGAACAGUCCUUUAUGAGACGUUCAAAGUUCAGAAUAGUGUUUAAAAAACUAACCUUAUGUUAUUUUAUACCUAUUAUGUCUAUUGUCAGCAGAUUCCAAUUGAACAGUCGUUUAUGAGAUGUUCAAAUUUCGGGAUAGUGUUUAAAAAAACUAAACUACUAUUUUGUACCUCCUCUGUCUAUUGUUGUUGUUCGUCUUCAUAAUGCUGUUUGUUCAGUAACGUUCAUUUUUAUGAUGCUUUGGCAAAGCAACAGAGCAUAACUAACACAUUAACCAAUUAGGUGCUUUCUGACAGCAAUUGAUUGCACUGAAAUAUACAGAAUAUAGGGAUGCGUUAGGAAAGUAGGUUGAAUACAGAUGCACACUACUUUAAGAUUGCUCAUUUGCCAUUCAACUUGUAUUAUUCACCAUCCACUUUAUAGUUAUA